AUGAAAAUUUUAAUAGUUAAUGGGUAUGGAAAAUGUAUUAAGGGGUUCAGGAGCUCAGAACAUUAUAAGCAAAUAAUAAAAGAAGUAUAGCAAUCAACUAAUUAAACUUUAGGUAUUGACAGGCAAAAAAGAAAUGAUCGACACAGAAUUAGAAUUCUUCUUUGCUGAUCGUGAUUCAAUUGAUGACUUUCUUUAUGAAAUUGACAGUUCUUUUGUGAGAGUUGAAUGUGGUAAAAUGUUUGAUUCGAUUGACUUAAUCUUCUUUGAAGGAGAUGCAAAUCUUAGACCAUGGUCACCUAAUGCUUAUAAGUACUUGAUUUUAUUAAGGAUGUGCAUGAGAAGUAAUAAGAUUCUAUUUGCAUCUUCAUUUGCCAUGCAAGGCUUAGUGUUUUUGAUUGCAUCCAAUGUCGAAUGUGUACAAACUUACCCUACUUUAGUAAUUCUCAGUCAUCAAUGGACUCAAUGGUGGAUAAUUGGGAGAUCUCUCUAAAAUCAAGAAAUCUCUUACUGAAAUCAGAAUGAAUGAUUUCUUUCUUGAUAAUGUAACUGGUGAUUUAUACAGUUUUAAUUAUGAUACAGGAGAAUGGGUCAGUAAGGGAAAUGCUGGGUUGCAUAGUAGAAGAGCUGCUGAAGAAUUUAAAACUAUUGGCAAGUAUAUUGUUAAGGCACCACAAUACAAGGUAUCAAGGAUGAAAGAAAUCGAUUAACCUUACAUUUCCAAAGAAAAUGAGAUCGUUUGUUCAUUAAGAAAGAAUUCCAUGCAUAAUUAUCUAUUCAAUGGCUUGCCUUUUGAAUUUGUGGUUCCAUUUAAGAAUUCGUGGGACGUUCAUCCAUUUAAUUUUGUCAAUCCAAAGAAGACAUUUCAAACAAUGGCUGAUUGUGAAAAAGGUUCUUUAUCAUUUUUAUUACUAGGACCCCUUGUAGUUUAAGUUACAGAUAAUAUUGUAGCCACUCAAUUCUCUAUUCGUUCUAAAUAUAAGGAAACAGUUCAAAUUAUGCGUAAUUUUAUGGGAUAUUAAUUAAGUAUUCUAAUAGUUUAUUUAGCAAAACUAUGUUCUGGUAGAGCAUAAACAAUCCCCAUUGAAAUUGCUUCAAUUAAGUAGAACGACAACGCAAUGGAUAUUUAUUUGGAGCAUUUAGGUCGUAGCAAAUAUCAUAACUAAAAAACAAUUAAAUUUAAUGUUAUUACAGAGUUUCAUCAUGCAGGAUUUGCAGCUAAGAAAUCUAAUCAAUUAGAUGUUGUUGUAAAUAAUGCCAUUGGAAAAAGAAAAUUUAAAUAGACAAUUCAAAAGUUAAAUGCUAAAGACUUGGAUAGAUUGCUCGAUUAAGUAUAAAUCCAAAUUAUUUUGUUUUAGAAUUCUUCCCUUCCAAAUCAACCUUUUUAAAAUGAUUAAGACCGCUAACCAAGUAUCUAUAGUUCAUAACCAUAACAUAAUGUUGAGGAUUAACCUCAGGUAUUCAAUAAGACAGGGGCAGAAAUUAUUUAAUUUCUACAUCCAUCUAUUGAUAAAUCUCUGUUUCAUGAAUCAAAACCUCUUUGGGUUCCUGGCUAUUUGUCUCAAAGUCGAUUAUAAAAGAGCUAAUUGAAAUAAAAGUAGAAUACCAUAAGUGAAGAGGGUUAAUCAACUCCUUUUUUGACAGAACAAAAGCAGAUUACUACUCCUAGGUUGCCUAGAACAACUUCAUAGCCUCACUUUAGAGUAAUUUAAAAAGAUAAAUGGAUAACAAAUAAGAAUUUUAAAGUUUGA